CUGCUUUUUGAUUCUGUCAUGUAGUGAAUGAGACCAGCUGCCGUGCCCACAUUGCGAGGCGGUCUCGUGAAAGAGCUCUGUUUGCAUUUCAAAGCGUAAAAAUCCUUAUCAUGAAAGACUAGGAAACAGCAUGCUUUAUAUCGCAAGCUGUCAUCAAUCCUCAAAAGGCUAGUUUGGUCUCAGUAUGAUGGUGGGCCCCCCAUAAUACAGGACGAGGAGGUGCCAGAUGUCUGCGUCAGCGUCAGAGUCCUUGGAGAAUGCCUCCAUCCUGUCGGACAGCGUGGCCCACGAGGGACACCGUCUGUGGAUUGGAAACAUCGACCCCAAAAUCACAGAGUGUGGACACCUGCUUCCAGCCAUACAAACGCAUGUCAGUCAAGCAACUGAAAAGUUCACCUGAGAGAGAGAGAAAGAGAGAGAGAGAGGGAGGGAGAGAAAGAGAGCUGUUGACCAUCCCUGUCACUGACAUCAUCUCCAGGUGCGCCUGCCACAGUGUGUGCAAGUCAAGGUACCACCUGGUGAAGCUGCUGGAGAAGUUUGGCAAGGUGAAGCAGUUUGACUUCCUGUUCCACAAGUCGGGGCCACUGGAGGGCCAGCCCAGGGGAUACUGCUUUGUCAACUUCCACACCAAAGAGGAAGCUGAGCGAGCUAUCCAGUGUCUGAACGGGAAGCUGGCUCUUUCUAAGAAGCUGGUUGUGCGUUGGGCCCACGCACAGGUAAAGAGGUUUGAGCCCAAUAGAGGAGACAAGAACCUUCCGUCGAGUCUGGAACCUUCCUGCAGUGUCAUUGAGGACGCAUCCCUCUCCACCAAUCACCUCAGCACGAACGCGAAGAUCCGUGCCAUCGAGGCAAAGCUUCAGAUGAUGGAGGAGAACCCGGAGGAGGACUAUGCAGGACCCUCCCCAUACCUCUACAACAAGCCCCCCGAGACCAACACCAAGAAGCGCCCCCAGCCCUACGUCAAGCCACACCGCAAAUUCAGGAGAUGACCUUACACACAAGCACACACACAUACACACACACACUCUCCUUCAGACACUCACUGUUGCGCCUUCUUUCUUUCUCUCGUACACACACACACACACACACACACACACACACACACACACACACACACACACACACACACACACACACACACACACACACACACACACACACACACACACACAGGACCACUAUACUACACAUGCUGACAUGUUUUCAACCCAGAUUGUAGUCUGAGUAGCCUGGUGGUAGCUAAAAGGAGUUUUUGAGCUCUGUGACAUCCUGUGAUCUUUACACAAAGAGGAGAAGGCUGUGUCUCGUACUUAUUGUCCUGCUGUAAAUAUGUGUGUUCUGAAAGGAGGUAGCAGUGGCGUUUUUCUUUUAUUACUUUUAGUAUUAUUUUCCCCUUUUAACAUCAAAGACUUUUGAGGAAUUUUAAUAAUUACAUUGCCAGCAUCUUGGUGUAAUUUAGCCGAGCGGAUAGUAUGGCAAGAGUCAGGCUAGUUUUAUUAUGACAUAUGCCUCUUUUUUCAAAGCAAUGUAAUAGUCACAUCUUACACAAAUAUAUAAAUAAAUACAAACGCACACAGAUUCAGUGGUUCUAUACACCAGACAAAAUGGAAAGAUAUUUUUCUUUUUUUUUCUUUUUUUUUUUACUGCAGAUUCAUUGCAUCCUAUUGUGACUCCAAACAGGCUACAGUUACAUUCUCCGUGAAUAGGUUAAAUUAUGUUCAGUUAAUUUCUGUAGCUACAUCUGCGGUUGUCUUUUCUUAUUUUUGGCAAGUACUCGGUGCAGAUACCCCUGACGUCACUUUUACUGCGCAUUGUUGUUGAUUCUCCUCGUGUACCGUUAUGAAAAAGGAAACGCCUUUUCUCUCAGACUCACCUGCUGUAUUCAAGGGCUUUACAACACAAUCUAGUCCGUUUGGAGUUUGCUGAAGGGUGUCGCCUCUCUUUCUAGGGUUUGCGAUGCUUGCAUACAAUUGGCCAUUAUGAUGUGGUUACGUUAUUUUUCUGUACAUUAUCUUUUUAAAUAUCAUUCGUUUUUUCGAUAUGGUAUACUGUGUCCUUACAACGACAAUAAAAAAGGUCAUCUACAUA